UUGACCUCUUUUUUUGCCCGUAUGGUGAAAAUCGCAACUGCACAGCUAGCAGGGCUAGCAGAGCGCCUAUUUUGAGCCAUGGCGGUUGAAGAGCACGAGUCUGAGAUGCACGAAGAGGAGAUCACAGCGUGCUCAUUUGAGAACUGGUUCCACUUGUUCAAGCGAUCUACAUUCAAAAGUGAGAUCAUCCCCUUGCCAGAGGCGUUUGUGCGAUACUUGCUGGCCGACGGCAUUCAUGUCCCGAAUGAGCGCAGUGACGCGGUCAGUGACGGUUGGGGGUCUGGUGGGGAAUCGGACGACGACAACCCCGAUGCGACUUAUCACUUUCCGGAGCUGGAGGAGGAGGUGCGCGGUGCGAUCGGCCGGCUCAACGGGAAGGUGCUGCCAAAGCUGAACUGGAGUGCCCCGAAGGAUGCUCACUGGAUCCACGGCUCUCUGAAGUGCACCACGCCCUCGGAAGUUUUUACAUUGCUCAAGGCCUCAGACUUCAUCUCUCACGACCUUUGCCACGCCUUCGACCACUGUAAGUCCGCGCGCAGGCGGCCAGAGUCCUUCAGCUUGGUGUUGCGCAGGUGGCACUCGCUGCACGAGUCCAACGAGUUCCGGGCCUUCGUCCGGGACUCGAAGCUGGUUGCCGUGAGCCAGCGGCAUACAUCCACGUUCUUCGAGCAUCUAACGCGGCCAGAUGAGAGAGAAGCAAUCAUGAGCGCCAUUCAGCAAUUCUGCACUGAAGAGGUGUUGGGCCGCUUCUCAUUGCCGCGAUUUGCUUUUGA